AUGUCCUUCGAAACUAAAGAACGAACACGUAACUUAAACAUCGCUUCAGAUUUUUGUAGUUUUACUUUAAAAGUAGAUUUCGUCAACGAAAACCAAGACGGAAGUUAG